UGCAUAUAUUUUUCGAGACAUUUAGGCAAAACUUGCAAUAUUUACAUACAAACACGUGUGUACGAGUAUAUUGAAAGUGUUAAGAGUGGUUAUGAAACUCACGUUAAGACAAGGAACUAAUGGCAAGGUACAUUAAUUCAAAUAGACUAACUACAAAAAUUAAAAUCAUGGUUCCGAACAAUUUUCUUUUGUGCGUAUUAUUACGAGAGGUGUUAUAAUGAAAAAUCUGCUGUUUUUAUUUAUGUGUCAAUGUAAAAUUUACUUAAAUUUUAUAAUAGCAAUAGCAUUUAAUUAUAACACAAAAUUGUCGAGUUCGUCCAAAGGUAUCAAAUUGCAGGAUACUACAUGUUGAGUGGUUUUAAUAAUUUAGUCUAAAAGGGGGAUUGAAAUUUUUAUUGUAAUUUUGUCAUAAGGCAAAUUUAAUUCUAAUCACAAUAGAACUGGUUUAGAAACUAAAAUUAUUUCUUUAUUGCUUGCAUAAUCUGCAGCUGUACGUUUGUGUCACUUUUGUUUACUUAUUUGAAGCAAUGCUGUUGCGACAGCUUCGCGCAUCAUUCUACGCAGACUAUAAAACCAGUAAAUUUUCGGACAAAGUAUCACUUUCAAUUGGUUUCUUCACGGAUUAGGAGAUAAACUAUUCAAAAUGAAAAUUUACUUUUUCGCGGGUCUUUUGGUGGCAUCUGUUACCGCUGAUGUUAGCCACUUAAGCAAUGAAUACCUUCCACCAACUUAUGCAGCUGCUGCUUCCGUUCCAAUACAGACUUAUAGUGCUCCAGUAUCGGAUCCAUCUUACAGCGCUCCAGAGCAAAGCUAUAAUGUUUUUGCUCCUAGUGUCCUAGCCGAACCAGAAUAUGCAGCCUCGGAUCCUGUUGCUGCGCAUAGUUUCUCCUCAUCGGACGGUUACCGCUACAAAACUCAAAGACGUGUAGUAUACCGUCAUCGUCAGCGUCGUGAUGCUCUUUCAAGCGAAUAUUUGCCUCCAGCAGCUUCAUCACCUUCCGUUGAAUACUUGCCUCCAGCUGCAUCUUCUGCAGUUUCUUCUUAUUCUGCUGCCCCAUCUUAUCAAUCGGAAACAUAUGCGCCAGCUGCAUCCUAUCAGUCUGAAUCAUACGCUGAACCUUCUUAUGCAGAAUCUGCUCCUGCCCAUAGCUUUUCUUCUAGUGAUGGUUACCGUUACAAAACUGCUCGUCGCCGCGUAUAUCGUCGUCGCCGAUACUAAAUCAGAAAUAUAUGAAAAUUAUUGGCGUAAAUGAAGAAAACUAAUAAUAAAUAAUCCAAUCGAAA